UCUAACUUGCUUUUACCUGCUCUUUUUUCUAAGUACAACAAUUUAUUAUGUAUUAUUCUUUCGCAUGCUUAAUUUCAAGUUUUUAUUUUUAAAUUUUCCUCUAUUUUCUCUCCAACUUUCACUUAAUCAACUUUACAGUUUCAAAUGAAUAUUUUAUGUUUUAAUUUAUUUGUUUAAUUUAUUUUUAACAUCAAACAAUGAAAAUACUACUAUUGUUUGUAACAACUCUAUUAUCUUUAACUAAAAUUUUGUUAACAACUAAAUCUGAAUUUUGUUCAUCCUUUGGUCAAUUUGAAUGUAAUUGUGGCAAUCCUCGUUGUAUUGAUUCAAGUUCUGUUGAAGAUGGAGUUGCUGACUGUUCUGAUGCUAGUGAUGAAAUUAGGGAAUCUCCAAAUAUUCCUUGUGGUGAUGCUAAAAUUCCAAGAAGAAGCAAAAGUAAUUUUAGAAGAAAUCCUGAGGAAAUGCCAAGGUUUUGUUCAAAAGAGAAAUUGAGGAAUUGCCCAGAAGAAUUGGGACAAAUAUGCGUGGAGUGGCCAAGAAACCAUCAAAGAUGUGUUUGCCGUUUAGGCUUUUUCCGGGCACCUGGACAUUCUGCUUGUCUUCCUAUAGAAAGCUUUCCACAUUUAAAUGUCUCAAAAGUUGUAGAUUUGACAGAUGAAUAUGCUAGUGGUCGGUUAAAUUGUUCAAGACUUGUGUCAGAUUUAUCAAUGAUGUAUCCAGGCAUUUUUCUUUUUCGAAGGGAAGGAGAAGCUGGUGGAGGAGAGGAAAAGGAAGAGAAAAUAAGGUCUGUAGGGUCUGCACAAAAAUUAAAAAAAUUCUAUUUUAGUCCUAAUACUAGACGAAGUAGCAACAAUAAAUUACCAGCUAGGGAUGAACCUCCUGUAUCCGAUGAUGAUAUUUCUGAUAAAGAAGAGUGUACAUUGCUGGAUGAUAUUGAUGAAAAUAAAAUUGGGGGGAAAGGAGGAUGUUCAAAUGGAAAAAUUUGUGUUGUUUCUGGACAAAACAAGAGUGAAAUAAAAGGAAGGAAUUUGACUGUUAAGGGUAUUUGUGUUGUCAAUGAGUGUUCUGAAUCAACUUUGAAUGACUGCCACAAGGAUGCACGUUGUAUCGACAAUGAUUUUGGUUAUGAAUGUCUUUGCCCCGAAGGAUAUUUGGAUACAUCCUUAAAUCCUCAACAAGAACCUGGACGUAAUUGUAAAAAAUUAGUCAAUGAAUGUUUAAAUCCUUUGCAAAAUGAUUGUAAUACAAACGCUGAUUGUUUGGAUGAACUUGUAGGUUUUAGUUGCCAUUGUCGUCCAGGAUAUGUAGAUAUUGGUGAUGGCAAAAGAAGAGGACGAAAAUGUGUAAAAAGAGCUGACACUAAAAACAACAACAACAAACUCUGCAUUGGAAAAAACUGCGAAUCAUCGCCAGAGGCCGUUUGUGACGAAAGGGCGCCAGAAGACGCUACCUAUCUCUGCCAUUGUCCACCAGGCUUCAUUGUUGAAUACGUUGAUGAAUCACUAUCAGAGGAAUUUUCAAAAGGAAAGAAAAAACAACAUCCACGCGGUGCAGCGAUUUGUUUACCUAUCAGCUCAUCAGAAGGUAAAGUGGAAAAAUAA